AUGAGCUACAAAGAAAUCUCGCAGCGCAAGCUCGCCGAGCUGGACGCGCAAAUCCCCGCGGAAUGGCGCCUCCACCCCUCGCAGAUCCCACCAGGCAUGCUCUCGCCGGCUGAGUCCGUCACGAACGUGCAGCACGACCGCAUCAGCGUGAUGCACAUCCCGCGCAGCUGCGGCCUGCUCAGCGCGCGCGAGCUCGCCCUCACCGAGACCCACGACGUGCGCAGCCUGCUGCACGCCCUCGCCACCCAGCAAACCACCGCCGAGGAAGUCACCACGGCGUUCAGCAAGCGCGCCGCCAUCGCGCACCAGCUCACCCGCUGCCUCACGGAGCCGCUCUUCGCGCGCGCCCUCACGCGCGCGCGCCAACUCGACGCCCACCUCCAACGCACCGGCCAGCCGGUCGGUCCACUGCACGGCCUCCCCGUCUCCGUCAAGGACAGCUUCCACGUGCACGGGGUGGACGCGAGCAUCGGGCUCGCGGCGCUGGCGCACCAGCCCUCGGCCGCCGACGCGCCCCUCGUCGCGCUCCUCACCUCACUCGGGGCCAUCGUGCUCGCCAAGACCAACGUCCCGCAGACGCUCGGCGCGCUCGACUCGGCCAACAACCUCUUCGGCCGCACGCUCAACCCGCUCAACCGGCAGCUGACGGCGGGCGGGUCCUCGGGCGGCGAGGGCGUGCUCGUCGCCAUGCGCGGCGUCAUGGUCGGCUUCGGCACCGACAUCGGCGGCAGCAUCCGCGUGCCCGCGCUCUGCAACGGCGUCUAUGGCUUCAAGCCCAGCGUCGGCCGCGUGCCGUACGGCGGCCAGGAGAGCGGCCAGCUCGCCGGCAAGGCGCGCAUCGCGCUGCAGGCCGUCGCGGGGCCCUUGGCCCGCUCCGUCGCCGACCUCGGCGCCGUCCUGGAACACAUCGUCCCGCGCGCCGAGCUGUUCGGCGAGGACUGCAUCCCGGGCUUCUGGGGGCCGUUCCCGCGUCCGGCUCCAAUUUCCUCCUUCUCCUCCUGUCCCACUACGGGAGUGGGACAGGGACAGGGACAGGCGGGUAAGUUGCGGGUGGGCGUGCUCCGCUCCGACGGGCUGGUGGAGCCGCUGCCGCCGAUCGCGCGCGUGCUCGACGAGGUGGCGGCGGUGCUGCGGCGCACGCCGGGCGUCGAGGUGGUCGAGGUGCCGGUGCCUGCGGCGCUUUCGAAAUGCCAGGGCGUGGCGGGCCGCCUGAUGGGGGUGGACGACGGGGGCCCGAUGGUGGAUCUGCUGACGGCGACGGACGAGCCGCUGAUCCCGUGGCUGCGCGGGCGCAUGCGGCUGGCGCGCGGGCGCGCGCUGAGCAUCGAGCAGCUGGCGGGGCUGCAGGCGCAGCGGACGGCGCUGGAGCGGGAGAUGCUGGGGAUGUGGACGGGGGGUGAGGGGUCGGGGGCGGGGGCGGAGCGGGUGCUGGAUGCGAUCAUGUUGCCUGCGGCGCCGCAUCCGGUGCCGGAGCUGGAUCGGUGGAAUGCGGUCGGGUAUGCGUCGAGUUUCGUGCUGCUGGAUUAUCCGGCCGGGGUGAUUCCGGUGCGGAAGUUUGGGGAGCGGGAUUUGGAGCUGGGCGUGGAGAUGGCGGCGCCGGUGCGCGGGAGCUGGGAUAAGGCGAAUCGUGCGCUGUGGACCGAGAAAACCGUGGACCGCCGGGUGUAUCUGGACUCGCCGCUGGGCAUCCAGGUGGUGACGCCCAAGCAGCACGACUACGACCUCUUCCGGGCUAUGGAGAUCAUCGACCGGGCGGUGCGCGCGGAGGGGACCUGGGAGCCCAGUGCUAGAUUAUAG